GGUUUUUCAAAAGCAGAAAAGUUUGUUAUACUCACAUCGGGUGUUUCAGUAAUGCAGCUCCAUUUAAUAAUGUUAUGGGACUCCUGCCCGACUCACCUAACAAGAUUCAAACAACCUUUAUGUUAUACACGAGAGAAAACCGGGAAACCCCUCAGAUUCUGAGCCCCUACAAUUCAAAUACCAUCUCCCGAUCAAAUUUUGAUGCAAGUCGAUUAACAAUAUUUAUCACCCACGGGUUUACUGACACUACGAAAACUGGAUGGGCGCUGAAAAUGAAAGAUGCGCUUCUGGAAGUGGAAGAUGUAAACGUGAUACCUGUCGACUGGUCCCCAGGAACUAAGGGCUUCAAUUACAUGAAAUCCAGUGCAAACACGCGCGUGGUUGGAGCUACCAUUGGAAACAUGCUAAAGGCUUUGUGGGACACAACUAAUAUACAGCUUAGUCGUGUUCAUUUGAUUGGUCAGAGUCUUGGGGCCCAUAUCAUGGGGUACGCCGGUGACUGGACGCGUUCAAGCAUUAAUAUUGGUAGUAUAGGCAGAAUAACAGGUUUAGACCCAGCUGGAUUACAUUUUGAAGGUUUUGACGUCAAAGUGAAAUUGGAUGUCUCUGAUGCCAGCUUUGUCGAUGUCAUUCACACGGAUGCGGCCUCUAUUAUGAAUUUUGGACUUGGAAUCAGCAGUCCUAAUGGACACGUCGAUUUUUAUCCCAACGGAGGUAAAAGACAACCGGGGUGCAACGCUUUGUGGAAGGUAGUGUGUAGUCAUAUGAGAGUUAUUGAUUACUUCAUAGAGUCCAUCACUUCCUCCUGUGAAUUUAAGGCGUUUCCAUGCCUAGGCUAUUGGGAUUACUACUUUGGAGGGUGUAGAUCGUGUCGCAAUGGCUGCAAUAGAAUGAGUUACCAUGUCGAUAAAAAUGUACACGGCAAUUCUAUCUGCAAACAAAAGCUGAAUAUCCCUUUUGUGAGGAAUGAUAAGUUUGCCUACGUUUUUACCGCAGGAAAUAUCUUCAGACCUUUGUUGUGGGAGAGAACACAGACGUAG